AAACGAUCAAAUCCUAGAUAAUUGCAUUGGAGUCCUUUGAAGAGCUGCAUUAUACAAUUUGAGGGGUUUCAAAGAGCUGCAUUGCAUGGGAAGAGCUGCUUUUACCAAAACCAAGAUUUUGAUGCUAAGGGAAGCAAAACGCGUUGAGCGACCAUUGAGCAAAAUUGCAGGCGCAGAUCGAGAGAUCAAUAAGAAGUGCAAGAGUAACAACGAUAUAAAAGGUUCAUCGAGUUGGGUUCCACAUCCAAAGAGUGGGAUAUAUUUCCCAAAAGGCCAUGAAUGGGUGAUGGAUGACGUUCCGGACCGGGCGGCUUCAUUCAGUUCAAGUUACUGGGUUCGAAGCGUCGACGGUGUUGAUAAACCAGAGUCUUCGGUUCAUGAUGAACACUAUUCCCAUGCAAAUAUGUGAUGAUCAAACAAAAUUAGUCAUGGAGACAGGGGAAGGGGUUUUUAUGAAAUUUGAAUAAAAUAUUUUGGACUUAGAAGCUGAAACUAUCAAUGGUAGUGUGUAAUGAUAAUUUCAAAUUAUAUAAUCUAUGAAUUAUGUAAUUGUGUUAGAGUGGUAUUUAAAAUAUUUUAAAUAAAAUUUUACUUUGUUAAUAAUAAA